CUGCUUACCACACGAAAUGACGCCACACCGAGGUUGCUAUCUCGCUGUACUGGCCGUGUUCGCAGUUUGUUUUACAGGAUAUGGCGAAUAUCGACCAAUCUUGAACUGGGAUGUGUGCUCACCGCGACGAAUCGUCGUCACUCUGUCGGGGGCAGCUGACGGCGGGAUAAUCUACAUUAAGGGCUACGGGUCCGCGUGCAAACAGGGUACGACGUCAAACGUCACUGUGCACGAGUUCGACUUUGACGCUUGUGGGAUAGUUGAAGCGGAGACGUAUUUUACCAUCAUCGUUCAGAGGAAUCCCCUCUAUCAAAAAGGAGGGGACCUUCAGGAGUCCUUACUCUGUAUAUACGACCUCAGAGAUAUCAGCGUCGGCAACGGCGUCAACAUCGGGGAGAAAGACGACGACAGCGGCGUAAACAAGACGGUCAAGCCGACGGCGCACAUGUAUCUUUACAAAGACGGAAGUGACGUGGCCGGAAGCAGUGUUAAACUGACGGACAUGGUAACCAUGACAAUACAACUUGACGAGGAGUAUUUGGACGACUUUGACAUCAAGGCGCGUAGCUGUAGGGCCAAUAUUAUUGACAUAACACUGGACUAUUGUGCGUCUGACGUCGACCUGUUUCCAAAUUUUGUACGCGUCAACCAGGGGGUUCUCACGGCGAUGUUUCCGGCGUUCCGGUCAACCGAGCUGAGCGGCGGGCUGGUUGAGAUGAUUUUCACGUGCACGCUGCAGGUGUGUCUCGGGUCGUGCGCGCCGAGCUCUUGUAACGGUGGCAGGGUGAUCGAUGAGGGUUACGGACGUAAGAAACGUGAUAUCAGAAGGUCGACUUCAUUUGAAGAAGUAGCCUACGACGAAGUCAACGUUGGUGCAACACUUUCCAUCGGCACGGAUAUCGAUAUAAAACCAAAUAAACCAAAAGAAGGCGAAAGUAUCUGCAUCCACAAUGCAACAUUUAUAGCUGGUCUGUUUGCUAUGUUUGGGGUUCUUGUGACGUCCGUUUCGCUUACGACGUACGCAACAGGCAAGAUGCUGAAGCAAUCUGAACAUAUACGAAAAUUGACGAGUGAUAAUGAAGCUCUACAAAAAGCAGCAUCCGAUUCAAAGGUUUCCGACUUGAACAAACCUCUCACCCAGAUUUAAAACAAACGCAUGAGGUAAUUUAAAGCAUUGUAUUAACUCUAUACGUCAUUAAAGCUGAGGUUAUAGCAACGAAAUCAAUUGUUUUGUUCAUUUAUUGAGUUCCCUGUUUCUAAAAAGGAGAGCACGAAAAACGAAUCCAUCCCACCAUAUCCUUUAAAUUUAAACGAAAAAAGAAGAAAAUCUGUAACAGUUAUAUCUACCAACGCCCAACUUCUUGUAAUGAAGACAGACACGGGCUCUGCAAAUGGUUCUACAUGUGUGGACAUUAAUACAAACACAGAUUCCAACAAAUCAAAAACUCUUUUCCUCGUAAAUCUGUUGCGCUCAAAUUGCAGGCAUCCGUCCACGUAAUGGAUACUUCCGAACACGACAGUUCACAAGCGCUGUCUAAGAACACGCGAGCUAAUUCGGCGCGAAGUGACGUCACGAGUAAUCAGGAUGUAGAAAGACAUGCUGACAGGAAGAUACAGUUCCAACAUUGCAAGGAACUGUUAUGGAAGCUUGGGAACGAUAUAUUGGUGAAAAAUAAAUAAGGAUGAUAUAUAGGAAUACUUUUUGUUUAAAAGAGUGCAACUAUCUGUGAAAAAAAUACAACAUGUGUUCGGGUUAUUCUCUUGCAUAGUUUAUAGAUUCGUUUUAUGUUUGUUAAAAUAUUGUUGAAAUACUUUUCGUUAUACAGAUAUGCCAGUGGGCAGUUUCUUAUAAUUAAAAUAAAUGUCAUGCACAUGCACUUGAUCUCUGA